AUGUGCGAGCUGGGAGCGGAACAGUCAAGCUGGCUUAUGGUGGAUCCUUGGGAAGCCAGACAGCCUCAGUACGUACCUACUGCCCAGGUGCUGGAUCAUUUCGAACAUGAGAUCAAUGAGGUAUUGGGAGGAGCGGAGAAGCCAGAUGGGACAAGAGUGAAGUGUAGAAUCCUCCUGCUGGCAGGCGCGGACUUGAUACAAACUAUGUCAACUCCUGGUGUUUGGUCUGACAAAGAUCUUGACCAUAUCUUGGGACGAUACGGAGCAUUUGUGGUAGAGAGAACCGGAACAGAUAUCGAUGAAGCUCUUCAGAAUCUCCAGCCGUGGAAAGAGAAUCUCUACGUUAUUGCACAACUUAUUCAAAAUGAUAUUUCGAGCACCAAAAUUCGGCUAUUCCUCCGAAGAGAAAUGAGCGUCCAGUACUUGAUUCCUGCUCCUGUUAUUGAGUACAUCGAGUUGCACAAUUUGUACGAAGAAGAGAAUGUCGAUUCCAAGUCCAAGGCAAAGGAACAAGCAUCCGACGCCGCAGGCUCCUCCAAAAGCUAG